AGUGAUGUGAGAGGAGAGGGAAGCUGAUGCUGUCUGCAGCUGCACAAACUGCCCUGAGAGCUGGAGAGAUGGGAAGCUCCUGAGCAGCCCCAGCCCGUGGUGCCAGCAAGUGGAGAGCAUCCAAAGAAGCACAGAAGGAAGCAAAACCAGUCUCUGCAAGCUCCUGGCUGCGUUGAUCACCAUGGAUGUUUGUGAGAUCCCUGCAAACAGCUCCAAGUGCAGCGUGAAGGCCGUGGAGUGCUUCAUGGUCCUCAGCACGCAGGCACAGAAGGUCAGCAUUGCCACGCUCUGCGGCCUCUUUGGCACACUCUGCGUUUUCGAGAACUCUGUGGUGCUGUACUUGAUCUUCUCCUCACCCAGGACCAGGAAAAAGCCUUCCUACCUCUUUAUCAGCAGCCUGGCCUUGGCUGACAUUCUGGCCAGCAUCAUCUUUGUCUGCAGUUUCAUUAACUUCCAUGUCUUUAAUGCAAGCAACUUCUCUAAAGAAACGUACCUGCUGCAGCUGGGAGGGGUGACCACGUCCUUCUCUGCCUCCCUGAGCAGCUUGCUGCUGACAGCCCUGGACCGCUACAUCUCCAUCGGCUGUCCGUCCGAGUACAAGCUGCUCAUGACGAGGAGGAGAGCCUGGAUAGCCCUGGGGGUGCUCUGGCUGGCGUGUGCCACCAUUGCUUCCCUGCCCCUCCUGGGCUGGAACUGCUGCACGCUCAAUUCCACCUGCUCCGAGCUCUUCCCCUUUGUGGAUGACAACUACCUGUCGAGCUGGAUCUGCUUCAUCGUGGUCCUGCUGGGCUGCAUCAUCUGCGCCUACGCACACGUGCUCUGGAGGGCUCACCAGCACGUGGCCUACAUGGAGAAGCACCAAGCUCAGGCAAGAAAGCAAAACACCAGGAUGAGGAUGGACGUCAUGCUGGCCAAGACCCUUGUCAUGGUGCUGGCUGUCCUCGUGCUGUGCUGGUCUCCAGUCCUCAUCCUCAUGAUCUACAGCAUCUUUGCCAGGCUGAGCAAUCACCUGCGCAAGGUGUUUGCCUUCUGCAGCACGCUCUGCCUGCUCAAUUCCAUGGUGAACCCCAUAAUUUAUGCCCUGCGGAGCAAGGAGCUGUAUUCCUCCCUGAGGAUGGUCUUUUCUCGGUUCAGGAGGCAGCUGAGGGCUUCAGAGGAAAGUCCAGAAGCAGAGAGCAGCCACAAGUCCUCCGUGAUAGAGACCGUCUGCGAGGACACGCGCGUAACGUAGGGAGGCAGCCGGGAAAGUCCACGCUUGGGCUUCAGACACCGUUUGGAUCACUCUUCUUUUUCUUUUCUCUUCUUAUGGAGGACCUGGGAGAUGAGGGAUCAGAUGCCUGCCAUGGAGCCAACUGCUGCUGAUGUUGUUCUCAGGUGCUGGGACUCAAAGUGUUCAGAUUUACACAUGCAGCUCAUCCCCACGCUGCAGAGAUACCGGAGCCACGCCAGCGUGCCAGCCCUGGGGCAGUGGGUAACACCAAGCCCCAGAACAGCCCACCCUAAUGUUUGGUGACAGCUCCUCCUGCCUGGCCUCCCACCUGUCCACCAGUAACCUCCUAACCCAUUUUUCUUAUAUUCAGUGGUGUCUUCCUCAGAAUACAGCUAACCUCAAGUAAAACACUCACAGACCUUCAGGUUCUCUGGAAACCCCCAGGUAUCACACAGCUCCCUCUGAACCCCUUGGCUGCGCACAGGCAGCACUGUGCAAGCACCAUCAGCAAGGUGCUGAUAGCACAUGGCUGUGUGGCAAAGGUACAUCUAUUUACACCAGACUUGGAUGCUGUCCUGGGGUGUUAUGUAUUAGCAGCACAGUGACAAAAGGUCCUGGCCAAGGUGGCAGAGAGCAACAAGGUCCUGGUGAGGGUGAAUGUCUCGCUGCACUGCAUGGGAGCAGGGCUGGCAGCAGCAGGAGGUACCUUGGCCUUUGCUGGGAGAGCUGCAGCUGGUUCCUCCGGACUCACUUGCAGAUGGCUCUGGCUAAUCCUGUCUCACAGCCUUUCCAGUCGUGGUGACUUCACUGUGUGUUUUUCCUGAGAACGGAGGUGCUGUCACUGUGGCUCUGCCUCUGCCAUAGCUGGGGGUUCUGAGGGGACAAGACCCUGCAGGCAGCAUGUUUCUCUCAGCAAGUUUAAGGAAAGCUAACCUGUGCAGCUCAGGUGUUUGUUGCAUGUCCUGUGAUUAAGCA